AAAUACACCACAAUAAUGUCAUGUUCGGACAGCCCGUCAGGAAACGCGUUUUUAGUGGAUUCACUGAUCAAUGGCCGCACCGAGAGUGGCGCAGGUCACUACACUGGGAGCACGGUGUGCGUGCCUCACAGUACCGCUGCAGAAGUGCCUUACGGACUACAUAACUAUGGAUACUUCCCAAGUAUGGCUAAACGGAGCGAUCUGGGUCCCCAAAAUGUGGUUUCUGCCUCAAGCGCGUACAUGUCCAGCAUGGAAAUGUGGAUGGACGCGCAGAGGUCAUGUCGAAUGGACCAAGAAAACCCAGUGGCUCCCCAAGUCGCACCCUGCUCGUUCCCGCAGAAUAUUAAGGAAGAGAGCACCUACUGCCUGUACGAGCAGCCGAAGUGCCCCAAAACCUCCACGGUCGAAGACCUUACAUUUUCAAGGUUAACUACAGCCGGCCUUGGGUCGAGUUCUUGUACAGUUACCGAUGGCGGUGGCGGGGGCUCAGUGCCUGUGCCGGGCUACUUCCGCUUGUCUCAGACGCACGCACAUUCUCAUAAACUUUACAACAGUAACGGCCCACAGUCGAACCCUUCCCAUUCUCAUUUUGGCCUACACCCCACUGCUCCUGUUCGCUUCCACACGCCACCAACCUCGUCUUCUGCUCCAGUCACGGCGCAGGAAGGGAGGGAGACCGAGGAGCCCGUUUCCUCGGGAAACGCAGAGCUACAGCCUCACGCUGCGUCGUGCACCGAGGAGGCGCGUGACUCCUCUGAUGGAGAAGCCUCCUCAGCAGACGAAACAGAGGAGAAUGACAAAGAAAGAGCAACAAAGGCAAAUAAAGGAGACACAAAAAGUGAAAACGCGGCCAACUGGCUGACAGCAAAAAGCGGCCGAAAGAAACGUUGCCCAUACACCAAGCACCAGACUCUAGAGCUGGAGAAGGAGUUCCUCUUCAACAUGUACCUGACCCGAGAGCGCCGCCUAGAGAUCAGUAAAAGCGUCCACCUGACGGACAGACAGGUUAAGAUCUGGUUCCAGAACCGCAGGAUGAAACUGAAGAAAAUGACGCGGGAGAACAGGAUCCGAGAGCUCACCUCCAACUACGGAUUUUCAUGAUGACAAAAGAGGUCUUUCGGGCAAAACGGAGGAAAAUAGGUGAAAAUCAAUGACACCCAUUCUACUACACCAGUCCUUUACCAUCCUUCAUUGUCCACACAAUGACUCAUUUCACUGUGGGGUGUAAACACAUUUCUUUAAUUUCCAGACACAUUUAUUGUCAGUGCAUCCUAGUCUGUGACAUUCUGAGAAAAAUCAAAGAAAAAUAACUAUACUAUCAGUUCUGGUUGUCUUCUGAUAUUUUGUUUUGUAUCGUUAAGCCUGUCACCUCUUUUGUAUAGUUGGAUUGUGUCGUUAAAUCAGUGCAGUUAAAACUGAGACAGACACACAUACACACGCCCAUACUCACAUUUGUUCCCUGAAAGGUAACUGAAAUGCUAUACCCCUGUUUCAAAUCUUGCAAAUGACCUUUCUUUUCCUUUUAUUUAAAUCAAAUUUUAAAACAAAACCGACG